AUGGCUGGCGAAUUCGAUUUGGAAUAUAUGAAUGAAUGUAUGGAAGCCUUCGACUAUUCAUGCCCGGACAAUGAAGUUUUCGUCGAAAAACUAGACGAAAUUUGUCGCGUCUAUAAACAGAGUGUUGAUGAUAUUGUCGACGAAAUUGUGUCGAUUUUACAAAAUGAAGGCAAAAAACUGGUUACUAUGAACGUUAUUUUGAAUUUGGAGAAAAAACUGGAACAAAAGCAGCAAAGAGAAGUCGAAUUAUCGAGAUCUGCGAAAAGGACGAAUGUACGGAAGCCUCUCGCUGAUCGGACGAUGGCUACGUUGGGAAAAUCAUUUGUGGAAGAAGUUGAAGGUUCUACGGCAAGUGAGAAAACCGAAGUGAUAGAAGCUGAAAAAUACAUGAGAUUUGCUCCAUUCGACAAUUCGAUACCGAACAAUGGAUUUUUUAAUCGGAAAGACAUUGGAAAAGUUACGACAGAAUUUAAAGGCGCAAAGUAUACCGAAAGAGAUCAGGGAGCUUCCAUGACGUCAAUCGGAAAGAUUGAAGUGGUUUCGAAAGCUGUUCGUGACAUGUAUGGAGGAGAUAAAGCUUCAUUAGCUAUUGAAGCGAAAUUCCGGCGAUUUGGCGAAAUUGCGAAGAGUUAUCGAGAAGCCUAUCCAGAGAUUACGGAUUGGGGAAAUCCUCUAGCACCAGCCGUGGAAUCCGUGUUCACUUAUGGUCAAAUCUUUCAUGACGAUGAAGCGAAGGAUAAUGAGAGAUUUGGCGAGAACAAUGUUUCAUUGAUGAUCGAUGAUGACGAUGGAUCAAUGAUCCGUUUGGAUUUGUCGCGACUGUCUGACGAUGUUUCAAUGUUCCCCGGACAAAUCGUCGCGUUAUCCGGAAUAAACGAAACCGGCGAAAAACUGAUUGUGGAUCGGAUUUUCGAUGCCCCGAUGACGCCACCUCCCAAGCCGUUCACAUCUCAGAUUUGUGCUGAUGUCUGGUUCGCGUCGGGACCAUUCACGUCGCCAGACAAUUGCGGAUACGAACAACUUUGUGAACUUCUUGAGCAAGUCGUUGAGCAUCAGCCGAAUCUUUUGAUUUUGACUGGUCCAUUUAUUGAUAAAAAGAACAAUUUUCUUACAAAAAAUGAAUUCACAAUCACCUACGAUACAUUAUUAGAACAGCUUUUCAUAAAAAUGGCUAGAAAAUUAGAUAAUACGAAAACUCAAAUAAUCAUUCAACCAUCUUCUGUCAGAGAUGCCACAAUCAUUCCAGUCUUUCCAGCGAGCGCAUUCGAUUUUUCAGCGAAUCCGAAAAUUCAAAACAAAUUCCAUUUUGUUGCUGAUCCAUGCAUUGUGAGAAUGUGUGACGGUCAACUGGAGAUCGCGAUAACCAGCAGCGAGGCGAUCACGCAUCUCAGCAAACAUGAAUAUCAUCGAUCGGCAAAUCAGGAAAACGUCGAUCGAAUUGCUCGACUCUACAGUCAUCUCCUCAAACAAAAAUGCUUGUAUCCAUUGGAGCCGUCCGAAAUUCCGUCAUCGUUGGAGAAACUUCUCGAGGUUGCCUCGAUUUCUUCAGCGCCUCACAUCGUCAUGGCCCCGUGCGUUCUCGCGCCAACCGUCAAGACAGUCGGCAGCACCGCGUUUGUGAAUCCUUCGUCGUUGGCUCGCGGAGCAUCGGGAACUUUCAUCAGAGCGAGAAUCAAUGCAAAGAGCGGAGCCACUCGUGUCGCUGAAUUCACCAACUUCGAAGUUGUCAAAGUUUGA